CAAAUCGCAAAUUUCAUGUCAGAAUAGGAGCAGAUAUAUCACAAAUACAUAAUGUAAAGGCUGGAGUUCCACAGGGAUCUGUGCUAGGACCAUCUCUAUUCAAUAUCUACUGUCAUGUUAUACCAACACCGCAACACUGUCAUCUAGCAAUGUUCGCAGAUGACACUGCAAUAAUAAC